GCACAAUACUAUGCCCAACGUCAACCCUGGCCUGAACUAUCUUUGUUUUGACCCCCACCAUUACACAUCUCAUUCAACACAUUAGAGAUGAAGAUUGUUUGUUUGCAAUUCGAGCCCUUCCUGGGCGAGGUCCAGCGAAAUAUUGACCAUGCGACCAAGAUGAUUGCAGAUCUGAAGCCUGAGGAUGUGGAUGUGCUGGUGCUUCCAGAAAUGGCGUUCACAGGCUACGUCUUUACGAGUAAGGAACACAUCCGACCAUACCUGGAAGACGCCGAGACUGGACCAAGUGUACAAUGGGCCAAGACUCAAGCUGUACGCUUGGGUGCCCAUGUGCAGGUUGGAUACCCAGAAAAGAGAAUCAUCAAUGAGGAAGACAAGUUCCACGAAGAAUUUUACAAUUCUGUCUGCUUCGUAUCUCCAGAGGGCAACCUUCUUGCGACCUAUUCAAAACACUUUUUGUAUUACACGGACGAAAACUGGGCAGAGGAAGGGGCGGGGUUCAGAUCGAUGCCGGUGCCAGGACUCGGUCAAGUGGGGUUUGGCAUCUGCAUGGAUGUGAACCCUUAUCAAUUUAAGGCCUCCUUUUUGGAUUACGAGUUCUCCAACUUUCAUCUCAAGCAGAACACCAACCUUCUGUUGUGCUCCAUGGCCUGGAACAAGGGUGAUGAGGCACCCAAGGCGGAGAAGGUUGAGCCAAAGCUCAAAUCCGCCGCAUCCAAAGCAAGAGCGAAGGCAUCUGAAGGUGGCGAUUAUAAGGAGGCCGGCGACGUGGAGGAACAAGGAGACCAGGUCGAGGAUGACGAUGAUAAUGACGAGGAGUGGGAGGACGAAGAGGACGAAGAGGACGAAGAGCAAUCGGAGCUGCAGCACGAAACGAUCCGAUACUGGGCAGUGAGAAUGAAUCCAUACUAUGGUAUGGGUCAGCGAUCUUCGCAAGAAGUGUAUCUCGUUGUUGCGAACAGAAUCGGGAUAGAAUCAGGCAAUCUUUUUGUAGGCAGCUCAUGCGUAUUAAAACUGUCGGCGUCUGGGCCAGAACUUGUGGGAGCGCUGCCUGCCAACAAGGAGGGCCUCUUGCAGGUUGAGAUUUGAUAGGAUGCAAUCUGAAAUAAAUUAUUCUUUGUCGCACAAGACUGGAUUGCAAGCAGACAGGAUGAUCUUCCCACGAUGCCUUUGAGUCUGUGGCCAGACUGCUCUCAUGCGCAAUAGAC